CAGCGCAGCCGCGUCGCAGAGCCAGUUCAGCUGAGCCGGCAGCAUGUGGAACGCGACGCCGAGCGAGGAGUCCGAGUCCAACUUCACGCUGGCGGACCUGGGCUGGGACAGUCCCCCGGGCAACGACUCGCUGGCCGACGACCUGCUGCGACUCUUCCCCGCGCCGCUGCUGGCGGGCAUCACAGCUACCUGCGUGGCGCUCUUCGUGGUGGGCAUCGCCGGCAACCUGCUCACCAUGCUGGUGGUGUCGCGCUUCCGCGAGCUGCGCACUACCACCAAUCUCUACCUGUCCAGCAUGGCCUUCUCUGACCUGCUCAUCUUCCUCUGCAUGCCCCUCGACCUCGUGCGCCUCUGGCAGUACCGGCCCUGGAACUUCGGCGACCUGCUCUGCAAACUCUUCCAGUUCGUCAGCGAGAGCUGCACCUACGCCACGGUGCUCACCAUCACGGCGCUGAGCGUCGAGCGCUACUUCGCCAUCUGCUUCCCGCUGCGGGCCAAGGUCGUGGUCACCAAGGGCCGGGUGAAGCUGGUCAUCCUAGUCAUCUGGGCCUUGGCCUUCUGCAGCGCCGGGCCCAUCUUCGUGCUAGUCGGGGUGGAGCACGAGAACGGCACUGACCCUCGGGACACCAAUGAGUGCCGCGCCACCGAGUUCGCGGUGCGCUCCGGACUGCUCACGGUCAUGGUGUGGGUGUCCAGCGUCUUCUUCUUUCUGCCUGUCUUCUGCCUCACGGUCCUCUACAGUCUCAUCGGCAGGAAGCUGUGGCGGAGGAGGCGCGGGGACGCGGCGGUGGGCGCCUCGCUCAGAGACAAGAACCACAAGCAAACCGUGAAAAUGCUGGCUGUAGUGGUGUUUGCCUUCAUCCUCUGCUGGCUGCCCUUCCACGUAGGGCGCUAUUUAUUUUCCAAAUCUUUUGAGCCUGGCUCCCUGGAGAUUGCUCAGAUCAGUCAGUACUGCAACCUCGUGUCCUUUGUCCUCUUCUACCUCAGCGCUGCCAUCAACCCCAUUCUGUACAACAUCAUGUCUAAGAAGUACCGGGUGGCGGUGUUCAAACUUCUGGGAUUCGAACCCUUCUCCCAGAGAAAGCUCUCCACUCUGAAGGAUGAAAGUUCUCGGGCCUGGACAGAAUCUAGUAUUAAUACAUGACUUAGCACAUUGCUGAGCGCAGUCACCGC